AUGGGAGAAAUAAUGGGCUCAGAUUCGUUAGCGUCGUGUCCGUGUCAAAUGUCGCUACUCACUUACCAUUUGAAAGAGGGUCGCACUAUGGAGAAAGAAAUGAUGGUUGUGUUAAGGGAUGAGGAGUAUCAGCAAAUUGCCGCUGAAUUUAACCUGUCGGAAACAGCCUUUCCAAUCCCGACUGACGGCAAUUUUCAGACAGCCAGCAAGUUCACGUUACGGUGGUUUCACUCCAGAAACGGAGGUGCCGUUGUGCGGACAUGCCACGCUCGCCUCUUCUCAUGUUUUGUUUCAAUGAAGUCGGUAUGUCGAAAGUUUAGGAACCUUGGCAGUAACAACUCAUCUACGAUCACAUUUGCGACCAAAUCUGGAGAUCUCAUUGUCAAAAGAGGAGCUCGAAAACUUGUUGAGAUGGAUUUUCCUCAAUAUGCCAUCACCGCUAUUCAGUUCCACACUGAUCCAAGUCCAUUAGCGAGAAUAUUUCCUGAGUUCCAUGCUCCGCCUCAUUUGCCCGAACUCAUUCAUGCAUUUAUUCCAAAGAUUAUACGGAUUGAAGCUGUUGCUUAUGCGAGUGCAGCAAAAAAACUGAUCAUUGUUAUCGACAAAGAAACCACAAAUUUCGAGUUGUCGGAGAUUACUUCAAAACGAGCUGAUAGGAUGGUGAAACUUGAUCCUGAGGGUGAAUUCACACGUGGAGUAAUAGUUACUCUGGCGCCUACGCCUGCCCACGCCAAAUCGCAGGGAUUUGUAGACGCAGAAGCAGAACCGUACGAUUAUGUUUGUCGAUAUUUCGCACCAUGGGUAGGAAUCAUGGAAGAUCCAGCCACAGGUUCAGCUCAAUGUGCACUGGGACCUUUUGGGGAGCGGUACUUCAAAAGCGCAGUCUAUAUGCCUACCAAUCGUAUCCGAAGCGUGGAGCACAAUUUCGAAUUCAUCUACACAAUACCGGUAGGCUGUCGAUCCUGGGCCAGUCCGUCACAGUUCUACAAGGUCAAAUCCAUUUAA